AUGGGUUCAUCUCUUGUGGGCUUCUGGACCCAAAGGAAAAUGGGCAUGAUGCAAGCAAUAGCUUAUAAUUUACCAAUGGCAAAAAAAUGCAUUACCAUUCUAUCUAGUAUGCGGCUGUCUUGUAGUGCAGACAUCAUGCGUUACAGCUUCAAGAGCAUGAAAUAUAUGAAUAAAUGGAUAGAAGAUAAAGAUUCUUGGGGUGUACAACUUGGGAAACAAGGUAGAAGCAUAGAGAUGGAAGCAAUUCUCAGCUCCCCAAAUUGGCAUCCGAGCAGCUUAGAUAUGGCAUGGAGAGAAGCACUACUCACAUGUCAAAAUGGAACUUCAGAUUUGAUAUCUAAAGCGUAA